GCGACCGACCAGUAACAGUAUUCGCUUUGCCACGGUACGUCGUAGGGCGUUGCUGACGUGUUUUUCCCAAGUCCGUCUGAGCGCUUGCGCACGAUACAACAUCGAACGUUACGCACGUUUCCAUCCACGACACCGUACCGUUGCGUAGCCGCCGUCGACGAUCCAAUUGUUUUCCGUUUACCGUCGUUCGCUAGCAGCCACCCCCCUCACGCCGCCGCUGGAGUUUGUCGGGAAGCCCCUACACUAGUUCCGCGCGACGCGAACACCACGUAUUUGCCGCACCAGGUCGAAGGGAACGCGAUGACCAUGCAUUUCGUCAACGACGUGACCAAGUUCAUCUGCAGCAGUCUCAAGACCGAGACCAGCAGGCUAAGGAACUAUACGACGCAGAGCGCGUUCAAGUAUCCGACAAAAGUUCGGAUCGUCGAAGUAGGGCCACGGGACGGACUUCAGAACGAACCGAAAACCAUACCGACGGACGUUAAAGUGGAGUUCAUCAACAGACUGUCCGCGACAGGACUUCGAAACGUUGAAGUUACAAGUUUCGUUUCGCCGAAAUGGGUUCCGCAAAUGGCCGAUCAUUCGGACGUGUACAGCAAGAUAAACAAGGUUUCCGGUGUGUCUUAUCCGGUGCUAGUGCCGAACAUGAAAGGUCUCCUCACAGCGAUGCAACACGACGUCAAAGAAAUAGCCGUGUUCGGUUCCGCCUCCGAAGGGUUCAGUCAAAAGAACAUUGGCUGCAGCGUGGCCGAGAGCUUGGAAAGGUUCGAAGACGUAGUGGCCACCGCGUUAGAUCACGGCAUCAAAGUACGCGGAUACAUUUCCUGUGUCUGCGGAUGUCCGUACGACGGAGCCGUAUCACCCAAAGAUGUCGCCAAGAUGUCUCUUGCGUUGUACAACAUGGGCUGUUAUGAGAUUUCUCUCGGAGAUACAAUUGGUAUUGGCACACCGGGUUCCAUAAGAGCAAUGUUACAAGAUGUUAUGGAAAUGAUACCAGCUGAAAACUUGGCUCUCCAUUGUCACGAUACUUACGGCCAAGCAUUGUCCAAUAUACUUACUGCUAUGGAGAUGGGAAUUUCAGUAUUCGACUCAUCGGUCGCCGGUCUUGGGGGCUGUCCAUACGCCAGAGGAGCUUCUGGUAACGUUGCCACAGAAGAUCUGGUGUACAUGUUACAGGGAAUGGGUAUUGAAACUGACGUAGAUAUGGAAAAGUUAUUGGGUGCUGGCAGGUAUAUCUGCAACGAGUUGGGCAAAAGUACUGAAUCAAAAGUGGCCAGAGCGUUAUCGGGAAAAGAAAAACCCAUGCAAUUCUUGCAGUCAUACAGGAACCAAAGUGCAGCACUAAAGAACUAACUAUCUACGUGUACUACCUAUAUUCCAUUCCACUGAUAAGCAUUCGAAUACUUUUGUUUUAUAUAAGUCUGUGCAUUUUAAAUUAUUUAUAUAAGACUGAAUUUAUAAUUUUUGUCACUAAUAUGACCUAGGUAAAGUUUAACUUUUAUAUUUUUAACUUUAGUGCAUAGUUACAUAAUAUUAUUACUAUUACUGUCAUUUUGAAAUAUAGUGACAAAUACUCAUCUAAA